AUGACUCGUGCAGCACGCAUUCUAAGCAACCAGUCUACGUCAGUGCGUCGACAAACCAAUGAGACCAAACGCAAUAGAGCUCAAAAAGCUAACACAUCUUCGCCAAGUUUUGCUUCUCGUAUGAUCCAGUUCAUUUUUAAAAUAGGCCGACGCGCUACAGAGCAGCGAUCCCAGUCUUGGUCAGGACGGCCCGAGUCCGACCCCGUGCCGGUUCCAACGACUGCAUGUCAUCAAGCCAGCGCUAACAUUGCAAUUCCCAAUGGACUUAGUUGCUCGGCACCAUCUGCUGUGCAAACUUCAGAGUCUUCUCGAGUGCAACAAUUACCAAGUCAAGGAGCUGCUGACGGCAAUUAUAGCAAAGCUCAAUGGCGGCAGCUACAAACGCGCUGCGCCAACUGUGACCGUCUUUUCUUUACGUCCCUUUCAUCACUAAGUGGUGCUGCUGGUCGAUUUUGCUCACUAGACUGCAAAGCCAAUCUAGAGUACAUGUACCAGAUCCAGGAAGCGAUGGAUGCAGAGACGUGGGGAAGCAGCGUUAGCACGUGUGAGUGGAGACAUGAGGACGACGUCAAUUACAUGGAAGAAAGUCAGUGCUUUUGA